ACGAAGAUUUGUUGCCUGCAUUUUCUUGUCUUCCAAUCUUCCUUAAGCUUAAAAGUUAAAACCCACCCCCGCCGGCGAAGCCAAAACAGACUUGAAUUCCUCAUGCCGACCUUCACUGCAAUCGCCUUAGAAAACCUUCUCGAGCCUAGGGUUGCUGAAUCCCUCAAAAAGCCCCACGUCGAUGGCCGUUCCAGGCACCUCUACAUAUCCCCGGCUCUCUAUGCCACGCCGGAGCAGUCGCCUAUACCCGACUACUCCUUCCGUGACCCGCCCUCCCCUUCUCCUUACGUAGCUAAUCACAAGCGCCGCGGCGGAGGCAACGUAAGGGUUCCGGAAACUGAGAGUUUUAAUCUGGAUGAGGAGGAGGAGGAGAAAUGUUUGAUUGAGUGCGUUGACAGUGUUCCUGAGGAGGAUGAGGAGUGUUUCGAUCCCAGGAUUCAGGUUGAUUCAUCCGAUUUCAGCCAGAUUCAAACGGAGAGCCGAAGCUUCGUCUCGGCGCAAGGGGAAUUUUUCGACGCAAUUGAUGACUUCUCCUCUGAUGGGUCCAUUUCAAAUACACCAUCACGUGAUCAUAGACUUGAGUCAGAAUUGCUCUCAUCAAGGCUCAAUCUUCUCGAGGAAAUUGAAAAGAGGAAGAUUGCAGAGGAAAAUUUGCUUUUGAUGCACAGUGCGUGGGAGAAAAUCAGGAUCCUUAUGUCUGAAGCUGGACUUACUUUUCCUGCUCCUCCUGCUAUUAGUGAUAGCGUGCAGCUUGAGGAUGAGGAGAUGGGUAAAUUUUCUCAGGAAGUUGUUGUUACUAAAUUUGUUGCUGAAGCAAUUGGAAGGGGUCUAGCACGUGCAGAGGCUGAAGAUGCUGCUUCAGCUAUCAUUGAAUUGAAAGACCUGGAGAUACUCAGGCUACGUGAUAGAUUGCAGUAUUAUGAAACUGUUAAUCACGAACUGUCGCAGAGAAAACUUGUUGAGGUGGCACGUAGACAACAAGAAAGGAAGAGUAGAAGGAGGUGGGUAUGGAGUUUUAUGGGAUUGGCAUUUGGAAUUGGGACGUCAUUGGCUGCUUAUUCAUAUAUUUGUCAUACCAAUGAAUGUGUACCAGUGCUGGAGUGUGCUGAUUCUGCCGAGUCCUCCUCUACUUUUGUACCGGUAGAGACCUCCUGUGGACAUUAGUCCGACUUAUUUUCCAGAGCUACCCUAUAUUUUGUAGUAAGUGCUGGAUCAGAUCUUAGGUAGGUAUCUUCUCUCCAUAUCGCAAGUAGAGAGAGGUUUAGUUUAUUGAGCUAUAUCUCUUCUCUUCUCGGAAGCAUGGUAUCAAAUGUUCAUUUAGAAACUACUGAGUAACCUGUAGUUAUUUUACCAAAUUGCGGCACGAGUUUAUACAGUGUUAAGUUGUUAA